AUGGCGCUUCAUCAACUUCUCAGACGUGCCUUGCGUCCUAGCAUCUGUCACAAACCUCACCGCUUUACACGUUGGCUUUCAACCAUUCAAUCUGAGAAGAUCAGUGAAGAAGUUGCCAAACUCUUGGAAUUAAAAGCCAAACUUGGUGAUGAUGCGGCACCAAAGAAAUUCAUUCUCAAGACAGGGAAGGGUACUCGAGAUUUCAACCCUCAACAGAUGGCCAUUCGUGAAGAAGUGUUUAAUAAAAUCAUAGAUUGUUUUAAACAACAUGGAGCAGAAACGAUAGACACACCAGUUUUUGAACUGAAGGAAACAUUGACAGGGAAAUAUGGAGAAGAUUCUAAACUCAUUUAUGAUCUUGCUGACCAAGGAGGAGAGAUGUUGUCUCUCCGCUACGAUCUUACUGUUCCUUUUGCUCGAUACUUAGCAAUGAACAAAAUCACCAACAUUAAACGAUACCAAAUUGCCAAAGUCUAUCGACGUGACCAACCAGCAAUGACGAGAGGACGUUUCCGAGAAUUCUACCAAUGUGAUAUUGACAUUGCUGGACAAUAUGAUGCUAUGAUUCCUGAUGCUGAAUGUGUAAAGAUGGUGUCUACAAUUUUGAAAACUUUAGAACUUGGAGAAUUUGAAAUUAAACUGAAUCAUAGGAAGUUGUUAGACGGAAUAUUUGCUGCAUGUGGCGUUCCAGAAAAAGACUUCCGACCAAUUUGUUCUGCUGUAGAUAAACUAGAUAAGACACCUUGGUUGGAUGUCCGUAAAGAAAUGACGGAAGAGAAAGGAUUGGAUCCUGAUGUAGCUGAUGCAAUUGGAGAGUAUGUUAAACUGAAAGGUCAAAUGGAUCUUGUCGAACAGUUGCAAAAUGAUGCCAAACUAAUGAAGCAGAAGUCUGCAGUGAUGGGUCUUGAAGAUAUGAAACUCUUGCUUCACUAUUGCAGUCUUUAUGGCUGUCUGAAUGAGGUAUCAUUUGAUCUAAGUCUUGCUCGUGGCUUGGAUUACUACACAGGUGUUAUUUAUGAAGCUGUCCUCAAAGGUUUUGUUCACAAUGCUGACAAAGGCAAUGAUGAAGAGUCUCAGGGUGUGGGCAGUGUGGCUGGUGGUGGUCGCUAUGAUGGUUUGGUUGGCAUGUUUGACCCUAAGGGCAAAAAAGUACCCUGUGUUGGUGUCAGUAUAGGAGUUGAGCGCAUAUUUGCUAUCAUGGAGGCAAAACUUCAGGCCACCAAUAAGAAAGUUCGGACGACAUCAACUGAAGUGUACGUAAUUUCAGCCCAAAAGAAUAUGCUGGAAGAACGUAUGAAACUUUGCCGACAAUUGUGGGAUGUGAAAAUCAAAACAGAACAUUCAUACAAGAAGAACCCCAAACUUUUAGACCAAUUCCAAUACUGUGAGAACAAUGGCAUUCCCAUUGCAGUCAUUAUUGGAGAAUCAGAAAUACAACAAGGAAUUCUUAAACUUAGGAAAAUAGACUCCAGGGAAGAGCGGACUAUUCCACGAGAAUCGUUCAUUCAGGAGAUUCGAAAUGAAUUGAAGCUACUUUCUGAUGAGGCAGUUUCUGAAUAA